AUGGCAAAUGAUCCACAAAAAGCAAAUGAUCCAAACAAUCCACAAAAAGCAAAUGAUCCAAACGAUCCACAAAAAGCAAAUGAUCCAAAUGAUCUACAAAAAGCAAAUGAUCCAAAUGAUCCACAUAAAGCAAAUGAUCCACAAAAAGCAAAUGAUCCAAAUGAUCUACGAAAAGCAAAUGAUCCAAAUGAUCCACAAAAAGCAAAUGAUCCACAAAAAGCAAAUGAUCCAAAUGAUCUACAAAAACAAAUGAUCCAAAUGAUCUACAAAAAGGAAACGAUCCAAAUGAUAUACAAAAAAGAAAUGAUCCAUAUGCACCAGCCAAGAAGCCUGUUGAAUUGCACCAGCCAAGAAGCCAGUUGA